AUGACGACGGCUCAAAUGUACUCGUUCCACAUGGACUACGAUUACCUUUUCAAGUUCAUCAUCGUGGGCGACGCAAGCACUGGCAAGACAAGCCUGAUCAGCAGGUACACACACGGCGUCUUCCCAGACACAACCGUGGAGACCGUUGGCGUGGACUUUUUCUUCCACCAGCUUAACCUCGAGGGCAGCAAACUCAAGGUCCAAAUCUGGGACACAGCCGGGCAAGAGCGCUUCCAGUCAAUUAUUCGCAGCUACUACCGCGGCUCCCACGCCGUCAUCUACACAUACGAUGUCACAGACCCAGACAGCUUCGACAACCUCUCGCGGCGGUGGUUCCCUGACACAGAGGCGCACAUCGCACCCGGCACGCUCAAGGUGCUGGUGGCGAACAAGAGCGACCACCACCGCGCGCUGCCAAAUCUGAUUGAGCGCGGGCGCGCGCUGGCUGAGGAGCGGGACAUGCCAUUCUGCGUCGUGUCUGCCAAGACGGGGUCCAACGUCGACCGCACCUUCACCACGCUUGCAGAGGACUGCCUCCGCGCUGUGCAGGCAAACAAGCUCUCCGUGCGCAGGCGAAAGCCACUCGAUCUCUCCAAGAAGGUGCCGAUCAAGAUGCCAACGAAGUCGUCCUCCAUCUUCUCCUCCUGGUGCUCUCUCCUCUAG